AUGAUGCGGUGGUUGAUCACCUUGGUGGUUCCAAUUGCAGCGGUUCCACAGCUGAAUGCCACAAUGAACGCCGGCAUCAGCUGCAACAUGAACGUCUCCCUUCAAGCUGAAGGAUACCUCCAUGACUGGUGCAAAGAUGUGAGUUCCAAAACCCGUUUUCCCGCCUGUUAUCCUGCGGGUGUUCCAGAGUGGCAUCCAGAAAACAACAUCAUCGUCCAGUUGCCAGAUCCUUCCAGCUGUCCAGUGGCUGUGUCACCUGAAUGGAUCAUCGCUGGGUGGUCCUGGAAGUACAUCCAGCUGGCCCCUGGGGAGCUGUAUCCUCUCUCAGUGAACCAGUCGGAACAUGCGUUCAUGAAACUGAUCCGUGGAAGUGUGUUGGAUGUAAACCAGAUCGGAGUACAGACUCCAUCAGGUCACUGGGAAACUUUUGUUGUGACCCCACCCAACACCGAACGAAGCUUGGAGUUGGACCAUCGGCUUUCAGCCAUCAAAGCCGGGGAGAAAGGUGCUGUCUUUGCCCUGAUGGUGGUGCCAGUGGAACUCUUCAAUGUGCCAAUCACAGCCAUGGACCAAGCACCCACCACCACUAUUCGUGGACCACAUUCAGAUGCCAUGAAGUGGACCAAAUUUCCCACUUACUUUCCAGAUGCAUUUCCAGAGAGCCUGGAAUUCUGGAAUUUGGCAGGCAUUUUGCUUCAAGACCACUCUGGUGCUCGCUUGAACUACAAUCAGUGGUGGACUCAAAGUCAGAUUGAUAGCACUGAUGGAGGGUACCACAAUCACGCUGGCACUCCGGGAAAUUUGACUUUUGGUGAGCUGCAUAUGGUCAUGUACUCUGCAGCACCCAACACAGGCAUGAUUGUUCAGCUCCCACACACCAUCAGCACUGAGACUGUUAAGAAACCUGAAGAGAUCCCAGAGAACAACAAAUACUUUUGGAAUCAGCGCGACAACGAAUAUGUCCAGAUGACCCUUCCCUUGCCACCAGGCUAUGUGCACGGCCCUCUUUGGUCCAUCAAUGCCUCAAAUGGUGAGCCAACCAGAGAUUGCGUGGGUGCCGUGCGUUAUCCUUGGCAUGGCUUGGUGACAGGACCCAUCAACGCAGCUGGUGGCACCUCUCAGCCUCCGCGCUACACGCUAUGGGUGGUCUUUGAACAUGUGCCCGAGGUGAUCAAAGUGCCAACCUCCAUGCUGCAGUAUGUGACCAAUGCCUACCUUCAAAACUUUGUGGAUUGGCCCACUCCAGCAUGCAAGUCGAAGUCUGAAUCCGAGUCUGAACCGGAGUCUGAUCGACAGAUGUUGGACUUAAGUCACUCACAUGUGACCUCUGCUUUCCUGCUGUUUGUGAGUGCAGUAUGGAUGACCUUGAUCUGAGAUGCGGCUGAUAAUUAAAUUGAUUUACAUUGAUUUACCCUUCUGUUGUACAGGGAAGCAGUUGCUGCCGACAGCGUAGCAACUGCAAGCCACUAGAAACAGCAAAGCUUGGAUGGGCCGAACUUUUGCUCCUUCUUGUAAAGAUGCAAAGUCACCAUCCCGGCUCGUUGGUCUCUCAGAAUGUUGUUUUCUGCGACCAACAGUAUCCG